ACACUAUGCAGGUAUUUGCCGCAAUUGUAGGACAAAGUACAAAGGGAACUUGGCCAGUUAUCAACCAUGGAAAACAAUGGCAAUAUCUGAAGAUGAGAAUGAUGAUGAUGUGUGUAUGGUCCCUUAUGUCAGCUCACAACUCUCAAUGGAUCAGAUGUCGCUUACUGAAGUGGAGGAGGACAAAUGUGUGAAAGCUACCCAGAACUCACAACUCUCCACAGAACAGGCCACAACAGCAAGCCAGUCAUCACAAUAUUCUUCAUGGAGUGAGGAAAACCAAAACACACUUGGGGUUGUUAAUUCAGCGUUAUCAUCGUUGUCAAAUGGGGAAAUAAGUCCAAUUAAGUUCCAACUUCAAAGUCAGGUCAGUGAGCUGGGAAAAAGUUCAAAGAGGUAUUUUAAAAGAAAGGCAACAGAGACUGUUGAAACAGUCUUAAAUGCAAUUGCCCCUGGACAAGCAAAUGACCUCCUUAAUUUGGUUACUCCUACUAGUUCAUUGCUUAUCACUGAUCAAUUGGACAAAGUUAAUUCGGAACUUUUAAACACUAUUAUCAAACUUUAUCAGGAGACCGAAAACAACACUGUAAAAUGCCAACUUUUAUCCCUUGUGUCAAGAUCCAUGUCAAAAUCUGAGCUUAUAAGGUGUAUUCCUGGAUUGACAUAUUAUAAGAUUGACCAGGCAAGGCUACACUCUACCUUAUAUGGACCUGGAAAAAUGCAGAAGAAACUGACAAAACAGAAAAGACAAAGAAUGGAUCCUGCUAAACUAGAGCAUGGA